AGCCAUGCGAGUGGACCGCUCUGGUAGCCGAGGCCGCCGCCAUGAAGCUCAACGUGGACGGACUGCUGGUCUACUUCCCCUACGACUACAUCUACCCGGAGCAGUUCUCCUACAUGCUGGAGCUCAAGCGCACGCUGGACGCCAAGGGUCAUGGAGUCCUGGAGAUGCCCUCGGGCACUGGGAAGACAGUGUCGCUGCUGGCCCUCAUCAUGGCUUACCAGCGGGCGUAUCCGCUGGAGGUUACCAAACUCAUCUACUGCUCCAGGACUGUGCCAGAGAUUGAGAAGGUCAUUGAAGAGCUUCGCAAGCUUCUCAGCUUCUACGAGAAGCAGGAGGGCGAGCAGCUGCCAUUUCUAGGGCUGGCCUUGAGCUCCCGCAAGAACCUGUGUAUCCAUCCUGAGGUAACACCCCUGCGCUUUGGGAAGGACGUCGAUGGGAAGUGCCACAGCCUCACGGCCUCCUAUAUACGGGCACAGUACCAGCAGGAUGCCAGUCUGCCCCACUGCCGCUUUUAUGAGGAAUUUGAUGCCCAUGGACGCCAGGUGCCUCUCCCCUCAGGCAUCUAUAACCUGGAUGAUUUAAAAGCCCUGGGGCAGCGGCAGGGCUGGUGCCCUUACUUCCUGGCCCGCUAUUCGAUUCUGCAUGCCAAUGUGGUGGUCUAUAGCUACCACUACCUCCUGGACCCCAAGAUCGCAGAUCUGGUGUCCAAGGAGCUGGCCCGCAAGGCUGUCGUGGUCUUUGAUGAAGCCCACAACAUCGACAAUGUCUGCAUCGAUUCCAUGAGUGUCAACCUCACCCGGAGGAUCCUGGACCGUUGUCAGGGCAACCUUGAUACCCUGCAGAAGACAGUGCUCAGGAUCAAGGAGACAGAUGAGCAGCGGCUUCGGGAUGAAUACCGGCGCCUGGUGGAGGGGCUGCGGGAGGCCAGCGCUGCUCGGGAGACGGAUGCCCACCUGGCCAACCCUGUGCUGCCAGAUGAGGUGCUGAAGGAGGCGGUACCAGGCUCCAUCCGCACAGCCGAGCACUUCCUGGGCUUCCUGCGACGGCUGCUGGAGUAUGUCAAGUGGCGGCUGCGUGUGCAGCAUGUGGUGCAGGAGAGUCCACCUGCCUUCCUGAGCGGCCUGGCCCAGCGUGUGUGCAUCCAGCGCAAGCCCCUCAGGUUCUGUGCUGAGCGCCUGCGCUCCCUCCUGCAUACCUUGGAGAUCACCGACCUGGCCGACUUCUCCCCACUUACCCUCCUUGCUAACUUCGCCACCCUUGUCAGCACCUACGCCAAAGGCUUCACUAUCAUCAUUGAACCCUUUGAUGACAGAACCCCGACCAUCACCAACCCCAUCCUACACUUCAGCUGUAUGGACGCCUCCCUGGCCAUCAAGCCCGUGUUUGAGCGCUUCCAGUCAGUCAUCAUCACUUCUGGGACACUAUCCCCACUGGACAUCUACCCCAAGAUCCUCGACUUCCAUCCUGUCACCAUGGCAACCUUCACCAUGACGCUGGCCCGAGUCUGCCUCUGUCCUAUGAUCAUUGGCCGUGGCAAUGACCAGGUGGCCAUCAGCUCCAAAUUCGAGACCCGGGAAGAUAUUGCUGUGAUCCGCAACUAUGGCAACCUCCUGCUGGAGAUGUCCGCUGUGGUCCCCGAUGGCAUCGUGGCCUUCUUCACCAGCUACCAGUACAUGGAGAGCACCGUGGCCUCCUGGUAUGAGCAGGGCAUCCUUGAAAACAUCCAGAGAAACAAGCUACUCUUCAUUGAGACCCAGGAUGGGGCUGAGACCAGUGUGGCCCUGGAGAAGUACCAGGAGGCCUGUGAGAAUGGCCGUGGCGCCAUCCUCCUCUCAGUGGCCCGGGGCAAAGUGUCAGAGGGGAUCGACUUUGUGCACCACUAUGGGCGGGCUGUGAUCAUGUUUGGCGUCCCCUACGUCUACACCCAGAGCCGGAUCCUCAAGGCCCGGCUAGAGUACCUCCGGGACCAGUUCCAGAUCCGAGAGAAUGACUUCCUCACCUUUGAUGCCAUGCGCCAUGCUGCCCAGUGCGUGGGUCGUGCCAUCAGGGGCAAGACAGACUACGGCCUCAUGGUCUUUGCUGACAAGCGGUUUGCCCGGGCUGACAAACGUGGAAAGCUGCCUCGCUGGAUCCAGGAGCACCUGACCGACGCCAACCUCAACCUGACUGUGGAUGAGGGCGUGCAGGUGGCCAAGUACUUCCUGCGGCAGAUGGCGCAGCCCUUCCACCGGGAGGAUCAGCUGGGCCUGUCACUGCUCAGCCUGGAGCAGCUGCAGUCAGAGGAGACGCUGCAUCGGAUUGAGCAGAUUGCACAGCAGCUCUGAACAUAGAACCAUGGGGUGGCCCUAGUGGCCUCCCGGAGAUGCUGGGACUCCCAGAGGCCCCUCAGGCAGAUACCCAAUGCCAAUCUACAGCCUUUUAAUUGCAGGGAGUCCAAUCCACAGGUGCCCCUCAGGCAGGGCACAUGAUAAUCCACCUGACUGUCCCUCCCUGAGAAGCUGCGGCCACCAUGGCCAGUCCACCCUAGCGUGGUCUCAGGUCCUGGGUGCUGGCGCUGAGGGUCCGAGGGGCCUCGCUCAGGUGCCGUGUGGAGAGCUGUGGAUAGAUUGCCAUUCUCCAGGUGACAUUGAGGCUCUUGUGGCCCUCUCCAUCACCUCCACCACCUUUCCUGUCCUGCUGAGCCUGUUACCAGCACCCCUGUGCUUCAUCAUCAGCACCUCACCUGCGUCCUGGCAGCUCUUGGACUAUCCACAUUCAGCAUAUUGAGUGACAUGGUUCUCUUCAUCCUUUAAAGGAGGCCAAGAAAGAACUGAGUGAAUCCAGAAGGACACUUGGGCCCUGGGUUCCAGUAGGCACAGAGGACAUGGGAGCCAUGUAAGGUUCUGGACUGGUGACUUCACCCAGCACUCACCCAGCGGCCCCUGCCAUGCUGUUGCCUCGGAGGCGGGAGACAAGCUUCUCACUUCCCCGCCGGAUGGACUCUCGGAGCUUAGUGAAGGAGCUGCUGCGACGCAGGACCUGGGGAGGGGGACAGGGAUGGGUGGGUCCCCAAGACCACCCAGACCCACCAGUCCCUAUGGGGACCUGAGGCCAGGCCUCCUUACCUGCUGUUCUGCGUCACCCACUGUGCCUGCAUUGGGGGCUCCUGGUGGAAGAGGAGACACCAGGGUUAUAGGAGUUGUGAGGGGAGAGGGCAGGAGAGGGGACAGGAGUGGGGCUCACCAAGUGGGGCGGGCAGGGCUUCCUUGCUGAGGAUCUCUCUGUACAGCUCUUCUGCCUGCUGGUACUUGUUCUGUUUCAGGUAGGCUGAGGCCUGCAGGGAGGGCGGGCCUGUGGAUCCUGGCCUGUCUCAGAACUUCUCAGACCCACCCAUCGGCAUCCUGUCCCAGCUUACCACGGCAGCCCCAACAGCCCCACUUCCUAUCUGGGAUAGACACAGUAUUCAGGUUCCUGCCGCUGAGCUCCUGCUCCACCGACACACCUCUGUGCCUCAGUCUCCUCAUGUACAAAAUGGGGUGACAGCAGCUCCUACCUCAAGGGUCAAGUGCUAUUGGAGGGGUGUGCCCACAAUAAAGGCCUGACCCAGAGCAGGCUGUUUGCUGUG